CAAACAGCACUGAGGUUUGAGGCCCUUCAGUGUCCCACCUCCACUUGACUUCUAUAAAGUAGAAGUGUAGCUGAGACAGCAGCGUCCUCACUCUGGAUUAGCCUGCCUAGCCUGUCUCUUGCUUCUACAUCUGGCUGCAAUGGUGGUCCCAGGAUCUCGAGAGAGAGCGGAGGAGGUCUUCCAGCCUCCCGAAGACUUGCUGAAGGAUGCACAUGUUCCUGACUUUAAUACAUAUCUGAGGCUUUACAAAAAGUCCACUGAGGAGCCAGAGGUGUUCUGGACAGAAGUUGCGGAGGAUUUCUUUUGGAAGAACCCCCCAAAAGGACAGAUUCUGCAGUAUAAUUUUGACAUAACAAAAGGAAGCAUUUAUGUCAGUUUCAUGGAAGGUGCCAAAACCAACGUGUGCUAUAAUGUCCUUGACCGAAAUAUACUGGACAAGAAUCUUGGUGAAAAAGUGGCUUUUUACUGGGAGGGAAACUCACCUGAUCACCAGCUCACCAUCACUUACAACACACUCCUGGUUCAGGUGUGCAAGUGUGCCAACGUCCUAAGGGAGAUGGGUGUUAAGAAAGGAGACACAGUUGCGAUCUACUUACCCAUGAUUCCCGAGCUGGUCUACACAAUGCUGGCCUGUGCUCGCAUCGGGGCCGUGCACUCGGUCGUGUUUGCAGGCUUCUCCUCCGAGUCGCUGUGCGAACGCGUCCUGGACGCUCAGUGCUCCUUGCUGGUGACGGCAGAUGGCGUUUACCGCGGUGAGAAGCUGAUCAACCUGAAGCGGAUCGCCGACGAGGCGCUGGACCGCUGUAGGGACAGAGACACACUGCGAGUGAAGAAAUGCGUCGUAGUGAAACACCACGCUCUUCGCUCCGCAAACAGCAGUGCCGCCGGCACUUUACAGACGCCGUGGGACGACCAGUUGGACGUGUGGUGGGACGACCUCAUGGAAUCCGCCUCUGAGCUGUGCGAGCCGGAAUGGGUCGACGCCGAGGACCCCCUGUUCAUCCUCUACACGAGCGGCUCCACAGGGAAGCCCAAGGGAGUCCUUCAUACAACAGCUGGAUAUUUACUUUACGCAGCGCUCACGUUUAAGUACGUCUUUGACCAUCGCCAUGACGACGUGUACUGGUGCACGGCCGACGUCGGCUGGAUCACCGGACACUCCUACAUCACCUACGGGCCUUUGGCCAACGGGGCCACCGGUGUGUUUUUUGAGGGCGUACCGGUGUAUCCUCACGUGGGCCGGUACUGGGAGAUCAUUGAGAAGUACAGGGUGACCAAGUUCUACACGGCGCCAACCGCCAUCCGCCUGCUGAUGAAGUACGGAAAAGAGCCAGUGCUGCGGUACGACCUGGGCAGCCUGCGGAUCCUGGGCACCGUGGGGGAGCCCAUCAACCCGGAGGCGUGGCACUGGUACCGCGAUGUGGUGGGACAGACGAGGUGCCCGGUGGUGGACACCUUCUGGCAGACAGAGACGGGAGGCCAUGUGCUCACACCCCUGCCGGCCGCCACCCCGCUGAAACCCGGCUCUGCGACGCUGCCCUUCUUCGGAGUGCAGCCUGCCAUCCUGAACGAGGACGGAGAGGAGCUGGAGGGUGAGGCGGAAGGCUACCUGGUGUUCCGGCAGCCUUGGCCCGGCAUCAUGCGCACGGUAUACGGGAACCAGGAGCGCUUCGAGAACACCUACUUCAAGAAGUUUCCGGGUUUCUACGUCACCGGAGACGGCUGCCGGCGAGACCAGGACGGGUACUACUGGAUCACAGGCAGAAUCGACGACAUGCUCAACGUGUCCGGGCACCUGCUGAGCACGGCCGAGGUGGAGUCGGCGCUGAGUGACCACCCUGCGGUGGCCGAGGCCGCUGUGGUCAGUCGCCCUCAUGCCGUGAAAGGGGAGUGUCUGUAUUGCUUCGUCACGCUGAAGGAGGGCGGCGAGUUCAGUCGCACCCUGACCGAGGAGCUCCGGAGACAAGUUCGAGAAAAGAUUGGGCCCAUAGCGACGCCGGACUUCAUUCAGAACGCCCCAGGGCUGCCCAAAACUCGCUCAGGGAAGAUCAUGCGGCGCAUCCUCCGGCACAUCGCUCGCAACGACAAGGAGCUCGGUGACCUGUCCACGCUCGCUGACCCCAAAGUGGUCGAGGCCCUGCUCAGCCAGCGGUGCGAGGCGGCCGCCUAGGACACGGUGCCAGCGGGUCCAGCUGCAACCCAGCGGGUCGCGCCACCGAUACGAACGGACGGAAACAGCGCUGUGCUGCACCCAGAUCUCUCACUUUGGUUCUCGCUCAUAUAAAUUAAAUGUUGCUUCAAACACUGCCUUUGCUUAUUUGGAGAAUUUUUCUCAUUUUUAAUUUGGAAUAAGGGCACGCACGUUCUUUGACUUUUUUUUUUUUUAAUUUUGUGCACCUGUACCUCAACUUAAAACCACAGUUUGGACCGGAAUCUGUUUGUAAAUCAAAUUGUUCGCACUCAAAUAGCACAAUAGUGCACAUGUACCUCUUUUCAUCUGCUGUGCAAUUUCUGUUAAAGUCUCAGAUACAGCAAGAAUAAACAGAAGGGGUUACAGCUCCUUCUUUGAGUUACAUUAUAUCUGUGUUUCCGGCGCCAUCUAGCGGUGGAGAGCAGAACCGCAGGUCCAAUGGAAGCGUGA